GUUAUUUAGUGAAGCUUGCCAGGCAUGACAGGCUGGUUUAAGUUUGAAAUUAGAGUACACUUCCUCAACCAACCAAACCUCCGUUAUCACGGCACUACUGAGGAAAGAUGACAAAAGACUGAAACAUCCAGACCACAUCAUUACUCCAAACAUCCUCACUGGAUAACCACUCACCACAAUGUCCUCACUUGUUGUCCUGAAACGGUUAAUCAAAUCUGAGAAGAUAUUUGGGUAAAAACUGAGAAGGGGAGGAGAAAAUGGGAAAGACAGCGAGUGUGACAACAGGAAACGCUCGUCUCUCUGUAGUUUCCUACUGAAUGUGUGACAGCUCUGCCCUCCACCUUGUUUCCACAUAACUCUAACGCGGUCAAACUAAUGCACAUUUUAAAUCAGCAUUCUGUGCCUCAUGCAGCAUCUCCGCAGAGAAACCACGUCCUCUGCAAGGAAUGAUGGUGAACCUGAGGUUGAACAAAAAGAACUUCCUUCUAGUCGUCGGUCUUGGCUGCGUCUUUGUGAGCUUGCAGAAGAUGCCUCGUUUUCAUCUUCGUGGCAGUGGAAAGAAAACCACUGUUACAAUUCUACUGUGGUACUGGCCUUAUCAGAUUCCCUACAACCUGGAGGGUGACACAUGCCUGAAGAAUUAUAACAUCUCCGGUUGUCGCCUGGUGGAUAAUCGCGCAAGCUAUUCCGACGCCGACAUUGUCGUCUUCCAUCAUCACGACCUGAAGAUACGCGGCCAGACGCUUCCGCUCCAUUUACCUCGACCAGUUCGCCAGAGAUGGCUCUGGGUGUCUCUGGAAGCACCACAAAACAACGGGAAUUUAAACCAAUAUGCUAGGAUCUUCAACUUGACCAUGUCUUACCAUCCUGGUGCAGAUGUUACAGUACCAUAUGGUGAGAUCAAAGAGAAAGACGGCGACACGGCGACUGAUGAUUUUGUCAUGCCGAAGAAUAAGACCCAUCUGGUGUGUUGGGUGGUCACUAACUACAAGAAUCAUCACAGGAGAGCUAGCGUGUAUCAACAGCUUAAUAAGAUCCUCCCCGUGCAAGUGUACGGUCGCGCCAUGGGGAAGCCAGUGAACCAACGUGCGUUGCUACCCACGAUUUCCCGUUGUUAUUUUUAUCUUGCUUUCGAGAACUCAGAGUCUCCGCACUAUAUCACCGAGAAGCUCUGGCGAAACUCCUUCAUGGCUGGAACGGUGCCUGUAGUACUGGGUCCUCCACGAAGCCACUACGAGGCUGUCGCACCACCACAUUCGUUCAUCCACGUAGACGACUUUGACUCCUUAGCGAACCUGGCCACGUUCCUAAAAGAACUAGCUGGAGACACAAAACGCUACAGGUCUUACUUCUCCUGGCACCAAAACUACACCGUCAAACUAUAUACAGAUUGGAGAGAGAGGCUAUGUAAGAUCUGCCAAGUUUAUGACAAACUUCCUUACCAUAAAAUACACCACAAAUUACCUAUAGAUGAUUAAAGUGCCCCAAUCUUCUCCAUAUACACCGUUCACUUUACUGCCCAGGUACGGAAACCCCAUCCUAUUGGGAAAGUCUUGUAGUAAAAGGAGCUGCAUGAAGUCAUUUGCAGCUUAAGAAUAAAUACCUUUGCAGAGGUGCAAGAGGAAAUUUUGAAGAAACUGAAACUACAAGCAGAAACCCCAAUUUCCUCCCUCUUUAAAUAAAACCCAAAUGUUUAAUGAGCGUUGAGAAGUCUGUACCGGAUGUGCCGGUCGAACCACUCUCACUCAGUGAACCAACCCCCUCCUUCCCGGUUUCUACCUAGCUCUUUAUAAAAAAAAAAAUCACAUCAUUCAAGCAUUCUCAACAUGACGUUUAAUUUCAGAUUCAGAAAAUAUUCCCCCACCUACACCAAUGUCUUCAACCAGUCAUAAACAUCCGCCUCUUUAAGACAAAAAAAAAAAAAAACCCCACCUGAUGAUUUAUACCCUCUAAAAAGGCUGUAAUUCAUGAAGCAUUCUUCUGUAAGGACAAGAACAGCAGACUUGAACCGUCAAAAGGAAUUGUUUUAAUUGCUAAAACACCAAGUGAGGAAAUGUACUGUCGAUUUUCAUAAGACAAGACCUCACUGCACCUCGGCAAUAAAUUAUCACAUUUCACAUCAUUUACAGGGUCGUAGACGAGAGUCUUCAUCGAGAUGUGACGAGCAAAUAAGGCACAUAAUUCAUUAAAAAAAUUUAUCUAUCCAACGUGCACAGGGGCAAGUUAUCAAAUACAGCCUUGAGGAAGCAGUGUUUGAUGCCCUUUCAACGGCCAACUUCAUUUUUUUACAUACCAAAUUUGUGACUUUUCCAUAAGGAUUUAAAAAUAAAAAGCGAUCAAAACCUU